AUGACCGUGAGUGACCUCUGGGUGCUGAUGUCACUGUUCAGGUCAGAAAUAAUUGUAUGUGUCUUUUUCUUUCUUCUUUUGUUAUUCAGACUGUGGCACUGUGGAUUGUCAGAGAUUAGCUGUGCUACUCUGAGCUCAGCUCUGAAGUCCAACCCCUCCCGCUUGAGACAUCUGGAUCUGAGUUACAACAAGCUGCAGGAUUCUGGAGUAAAGCAGUUGUGUGGUUUUCUGGAGUGUCGACCCUGUCAACUGGAAAUUCUGAGACUAAGGGAGUGCUCUUUGUCAAAGGCCAGUUGUACUUUUCUGUGCUCAGCGCUGAAGUUAAACCCCUACCACCUGAGAGAGCUGGACUUGAGUAGAAACGGCCUGCAGGAUUCAGAUAUGAUUCAGCUGGUGAAUCUUGUGAAUAAUUCAAAUUACAGACUGGAGAAUCUGUGCCCCCAUGAAUUGUCGGUAACAGUUGUCUGCUGAGCUAUGACGAGCUCUGCCCUGAUGAUCUGGAGAGUUUUAAACAGCAGCAGGAAUUUGUGCAUUAGCAUGCCCUGACUCGGCCAUGAAGUUAGAAGAAAAACUUCAACCAGCAGUGACUUCUAGAGGAAUCAAAAGAAGUACAAAUGACUGUUUCAGUGUGAACUGCCCUUAGAAGUGCAGACUCAAUAAGAAUUAUUCACAGACAUUAUGCAAACACAUAUAUGUGCUUAAACUGUGCAUAUGAGUGUUUCUCCUGCUAAUCUGGGAUUCUGUUCUCUUUUCCUGAGCUUGCUUGUAAUGAGCAGGCAUAUUUAGAACUACGACAGACUAUGUGUCUAUACAAAAGAUGAACUGUCUUAGAAAAUAUACUUAAUAUUUAUCUGUUCAAAAUGUAUUUAAAUUAGAGUCCACCCUUACAGGAAGUUAGUUACACUCAUUUCUCGGUGAUGUCCUGGUUAUAGAUGAUGGACUGGUGGGUCCUUGUUUGGACCUGCUUACUUCUUUUCUUCUGGUUUGCUAUGCUUUAACACUUUUAAAUGUCAAACUUUUCUUUUAAACUUGAGCCGCAGCCUUUGUCUUAGAGAAUAAAACAUUCAUCUGUGUAAGCAAUAUAAUAUAUAUACUGUAAGUCAGUGAAUCCUGAUGAAUAUACCAUCAUCCCUGUGUUUUAUAACCCUGAUAGAGUAUAAAAAAUCAUACCAGCACUGCUCCUCUGAUUACUUCUUAUGGUGACACAAGGUUUAUAGUCAUUUAGACGGCACUCAAAUCAGUGUAAACUAGAGUAGGCUUUGAUUUUCUGUAAUUGUUCUGUGUUAGAGCGCCACACUGUGGCAUAAUUGAGAACUGCAGUUAAUGUUUACACAGUAACUUGCUUGAUUGUUAAAGACUGCUUGCAUGCACAGUUUCAUUACUGUCAGUGGAUUAGGUUCCUGUUUAGUCUUUCAGUAAUUAAUAUUUCUGAAUGCAAAGUAUUUGUUGAAUGCAUAAAAAUGUGAAGGAACGAUGUGAAAGUUUAAUAAACCUCUAUGAGCUCACUGAACCCUUUAGAACUCACCACAGUACUGAGACUGCUCUUAUUAAAAUAGCUAAAGACUAAAAAAAAUAAUCCUGUCCUGUUUGGCAGCGUUUGCAAUCAGAAUUACGACCUGAAUGCAAACAUAUUUUUCCAAGAUCAGCUCUAUAAAAUCUCUAUAGGCUCCUCUUGUUCAGGUGUUUCUUUUAUGUGUUUAUUUAUUCAUUUCUAUUCAUCUUAUUUCAGUUAUUACAUUAUAUAUGGUAUAGCAGGACAAUGUCUUAAGGCAGCCCCCAAGAGUACCGAAGCCCCAAGGCCACAC